CUUAUCGUGGAUUCCAGUGAUAUCAAAUGAUCGUAUAGAGUUUAAUCAACUUCUGUUGAUUAAAAUAUUACUUCAUGGAAUUAAUAACCGGAUACAAGAAGAAGAUACAGCGUUGUAACUGUAUCUUCGGGGCAGUCCCAAAGAGAUAUGUAUGGACAGAAAAAAAAUAUUAAAAGUUUGAUCAUUUCUGCUUAUUUCCGUUCAUUUAUCUUUUUCCGCGAUUUCAUUAUCCUGCCGCAUAAAGAGGUAUUGAUAAAUGCAAUCGAAUGUCACAGAGAACAGUAUUUAAAGCAGCAGCACAGCAUCCGACUAUUCUGCAGAAGUUGGUUGUGCCGCAGUUACUAAGUUUGCACCAGGUUGCUCUAGUCUUGUUCAAAAAGAUUAUUUCGGAUAAAAAACAAUGUCUUCGAAAAAUAUAAUUAUUUUUUCUAUUUUAAUUCUUGUCCUUGUCGGAAUAUCGAAUACAACGAUAAUCAAUUUUGAUCCAAAUGCGGCGGCAUACUUCGAAGAAGAUAUAAUUGUAAAAAAUCGUAGACUUGCCUGUGAUAGUAAUGAAAUGGUAAAUCUUAACGGGACCUUUUUGUCGGAAAUUCCAAGAGGCUUUAUAAAAAGUUCAACAGUAAAAGCGAUAACGCUUAGUAACAACAAAAUUACUAGAAUACCUCACGACGCGUUUGACGACGUGCCGAAUUUGGAAUGUUUAGAUUUAUCGUACAAUAAGAUAUCAAUUUUGGAUUUGUUAGAUAUCAGACACGAUCAUUUAAAGAUUCUAAUAUUCGAUCAUCAAGAAGCUCUCGAAUGGGAUAAUUUUUUGCAAAACAACAUACCAUUUUAUACGUCAAAUCCAAAUUUUCCGAACGUGGAGGUAUUAUCGUUGAAGAGAAUCGGGUACGAGCACUCGUCACUCUACGCUAAUUUAUUUCCAAAAUUGUCUACAAUAUAUUGGGAAGAUAAUCAAGUGGCCUACGUAACCCCGAACAUAACGGACUAUUUUAGUCCUAAUUUGAAGGUCAUUCAUUUAGAACGAAACAACCUUAAAAGGUUUAUUACAAACGACCUUCAAAAUGUUGAAGAAUUGUAUUUGGACGAAAAUCCGUUAGAAUAUCUUUCGAUCGAUGUCAGUUCAAAUUUGAAAAUCCUUUCUUUGAUGGACUGCAAUAUAGAAUUUGACUGGAAGUUGUAUUUUCCAACUUUAAUUACUUUAGAUUUAUCAAGGAACAAACUUCAGGAAAUAAAUGCAGAAUACAAUGCUACACCAAAUUUAGAGAAUUUGUCUUUAAAUUAUAAUCGAUUUACGACUUUUCCGCGGUUGGAACACUUUUCACAGCUUCGGAAGUUAUCGUUAAAUUAUAAUUCAAUCAAAACCAUUAAUUUUGUGACGACAAGUUUAUUGAAAACUUUACAUCUAAGAGGAAAUGAAAUAACGCAUGUCGAUUAUUCUGCAUUUGUUAAUGUUCCGAAUUUAGAAGAAUUAGAUUUAGCAGAGAAUAAAUUGAAUUCUCUGCCCUAUAAUUGGGGUUCACCUUUAAAAAUGUUACGUUAUAUUAAUUUAAGUUCAAACAGGUUUAAAUCUAUAGCUCAUAUAGAUAGUUCCUCGUGCAUUAAUCUUAACCAUAUAUUCGUAAAAAAUAAUUAUUUUAGAACUAUAUCGAAAGACGAAAUAAAAUAUAUUCCUGACAAUUGUACGGUAUACGUGGCUUAACGAGAGAAAAAUUGUUUAUACAAAUGGUCUCUGUAUUUUAUUUUAUUA